CAGAUCACUGGAGGGCGCCAAUCACUGACAGAGAAGUGACGCAUGGAGACUUUUAUUGUGUAAACACGUCGUUGUCGUGGCGACACAGGAACUCGAUCCAUUUAAUGCUGAAGAGUCAGUCGUUUUUUAAACAGAAACCUGUGAUCUCGUUUUGAUGAAGUAACUUCAGGUGAAGUGAUCGCUGCGAUGUGUUUAUUGCUCGGUGCGUCUGGAGCAGGAAAAACGCUUUUACUGAAGCGACUACAGAAUAUCCUUCAGCAGCUGAUUGAGUCACACUGACUUAAUGUUGUGCUUCUCUUAAUGUAUCUUUAGUUCAGUACAGUUUGUGCUGCAGGUGUUAUUAAGAUGUUGAUCUGCUGUCAUGAGUGUGUCUUCUUUAUCUGGACUAACAGUUGUGUCCGAUGGGUGCACAGGAGGAUUUGGGUGAAGCGCCCGUCACGCUGCCCACGGUCGGCACCAACCUCACAGACCUCACACUCCGGAAGAGGAAGAUAACGGUUCGAGAGCUGGGGGGCUGUAUGGGGCCCAUUUGGCCAAAAUACUACUCAGAUUGCAGAUCUGUUAUAUUUGUGGUGGACAGUGUCAACACCGUCCAGAUCUCGUCGUCUUGUGUCCAGCUGCUGUCUGUUCUCUCUGCCGAGCCGCUGCAGUCUGCUGCUGUACUCGUACUCUUCAACAAGAGGGAUCUUCCUUGCACCAUGUCUCUGGUGGAGCUGAAGGCGUUGUUCAGGAUGGAUGACGUCAUUAGAAGUGCGCCUCAGUCGGUCUCAACACUAGAGACCAGCGCUCGCUCCGGACAGGGCCUUCAGGAGCUGCUCAGCUGGCUGUUUUCACACCGCUCUCAUGAUACAGGAUAGAUGAGAACUAAUAUUAAAUCAGACAGACGUGAUGUGACGAUACACUUGGUGUUCAGUCCUCUCAGCGCUGUGAGCUCAGCUCGGUCCCACGCCACAUGUUUGUGCAAACACACUAAUCUGAGAAACAGCUGUGAAAAAAUGUAGAAGAACUGGAGAACUUUUGAUGACCAUCAUAAACCUGUAUGACUUCCUGUGCGCUGGUUAACAGUUUAUGUGGAAGAAUUGUUCCAAAAUAUAUAUUAAAGUUUAGUUUGAAGUUCAGGAAUAUUGAGUUUCUUCAAGAUAAAGAAUCUAAACUAUAAGCAGCCGUUCAUGUGAGAUGUAGUCAGUCGAAUGGGGAAAUAAAAAGAAAGACCUAUAAUAAAGCAUUAAGCCCAAAUUCACUGUGGUUUACAGUGAAUUUAUAACAGUUAAGGGCAUUGUUUAGGCAAGACACGGAGCAUUCUCUUAGCUGUUGUAAAUUCACUGUAAAUCACAGCUUCACAGGGAUUAUUGCUUUUAUAAAACGGUUGUUCCAUAUUCAUAGCAAGGUUUCAGAAAAUAAAACGAAGCAAAUGAAAUGUAAUGAUAUUCAUGAAAAAAAUAAUUCUUCUGACAAACAAUGUAGUUCCGAAGAUACAGUUGUGGUUGCACCAAAGUGGUUUCCAAGCAACACACAGACGUAAACAAAUAGAUGUUUGUUUGUAGAGUAUUUUACAACAGCUUCAAACGUGGCUCAACCAGUCAGAAUCAAGGACCAGAACUAUGUCAUGGGUGAGAUGCUCAAAAAGACACAAGUAAACAUUCAUCUAGCAUAUCUUUGCAUAGAAAAACCAACGCAGAAGAGCCCAAAUAGAUUAUUAAGAGUGGCCAAAAAUAUUUUUUUUUAUUGAGCACUCCAAGUAUUAUUUUUAAAAAAAAAUCAUAUUCAGUUAUAUUCUCUACAUCUCGAUGCAAAAAUAAAUGUUAAAAAGACUCUUAUGUCUCUUAUGAUAUGAUUGGUCAAAUCAAAGGGCAUCAGGGGCUAAGCUUGGCCCGCAGACCCUAAUUAGGGAACCUUCAGUCUAGAGCAUGUUUACAUAAAGAAACAACAGAAAAAACAUCACACAGGGCAGACAUGUGUGUGUGUGUGUGUGUGGGGGGGGGGUGAUAUCUAGAGAUUUGUUUUAUAAAAGUUCAGCAGAUUUUAAUUUGAGUGUCAUGUUAUUAGAUCGGUGCAAGACAAAGCAAAAGGGUCAAAGUCUGUCCACUGCAUGUUUACAACACAAUACAAACCUGUGUAAUAUCCCUGUGUGAUUAUGACGUGUAGUGUAGACUAUAUGAGACAUUUUGGUCACACUAUUUCCAUUCUUCAAUUUGUGUCGUUUCAUAGUUUUCUAAAAUGUGGAAAAAAGAAUAAAUUAUGAGCAUCCAAA